CUUUCUCUGAUGAUCAGUAGACUACCGGACAUGGCUGCGUCCGCAGGGGCAACUGGCGCACUGCUGCUUUUUGUGGCGGCGAGCGCGCUCUCUGGCGGUGCUACGGUCGUUCAUCUGACGGAGAUGUACGGCACCAUCCAGUCGCCGAACUUCCCCGAGUCCUACCCGAAGGAAUCCGAGAUCCAGUGGAACAUUAGCGUGCCAGAUGGAUUCCAGAUCCGGCUGUACUUCGUGCAUUUUGAUUUGGAGCCCUCCUACCUCUGCGAGUAUGACUAUGUGAAGGUGUUGUAUGAUCAGGAUGUGUUAGCGGUGUUCUGUGGUAAGGAGAGCACGGACACGGAGCAGGUUCCCCGUGAUGACGUCAUCACUUCGGUGGGGAGCGCGCUCAGUGUGGUCUUCCGCUCUGACUUCUCCAAUGAGGAACGCUUCUCUGGCUUUGAGGCUCAUUACAGCGCAGUGGAUGUAGACGAGUGUGUGGAGAGGAAUGAUGAGGAGCUGGUGUGUGACCAUGUGUGCCAUAACUACAUCGGCGGCUACUACUGCUCCUGUCGCUAUGGUUACCUCCUGCACUCCGACAUCCGUACCUGCAAAGUGGAGUGCAGUGAUGCUGUGUUGACAGAGCGUAGUGGUGCAAUCUCCAGUUCGGACUACCCGCGUGCGUACCCCAAAAGCUCAGACUGUCUGUACCGCAUUGCCCUUGAAGAAGGCUUCUCCAUCACUCUCACCUUCCUGCAGCCCUUUGACAUCGAAGACCACCCGGAAGUCACCUGCCCCUACGACUACCUGAAGAUUAUGGUGGGACACAGGGAGUGGGGGCCCUUCUGUGGCAAUCGCCCCCCCGGCCUUAUCGAGACAGGAAGUAACAAUGUCAGCAUCCUGUUUCACAGCGACAACUCUGGAGAGAACCUCGGAUGGAAACUCACCUAUGCAGCCACAGGAAGUGAGUGUUCUGUGCCUACAGCACCUCUUUUUGGCCAACUGGAGCCACUGCAGCCAAAGUACAGUUUCAAAGACCACGUGCUGGUAACAUGUGACACUGGCUACGUACUGCUGAAGGAUGGAGAGGCAAUGGAGCAUCACCAGAUGACCUGCAUGAAGGACGGCACCUGGAGCAGCGAGGUCCCCCCCUGCACACUGGUAGACUGUGGUACUCCAGAGGUGAUAGUGAGAGGGCAUGUGGUGUUCCAUGGACCAGGCAACAGCACACUGUUCGGUGCGAGCUUCCACUACCGGUGCCCAGAGGACCCAAACAGUGCCAUCCCAACACCACCACCUGAGUCUGUGCCAGCGCCUGCUGACGCCCCCCCAACUGCCCUCAGCUCUGAUCCAACACCCUCUAGCCCCGCCCCCACUCAGUCAGCCACACCUCCUGCUGAGCAGGCCUCACACUCCCCCACGCCUCUAAAGAACGGUACAUAUGUGUGUGGCGGGAGUGGCAAGUGGACUAAUGCUGAACUAGGAACAAAACUGCCCUCCUGCCUCCCAGCCUGUGGUGAGCCGUCUCAGCCGUUCCCCUCCGUAAUGAAGCGCAUUGUGGGCGGGCGCGUGGCCACGUGGGGCCAGUUCCCGUGGCAGGCCCGGCUGUCGGUGUGGGACGCGUCCCGUGUGCCCGAGGGCCGCUGGUUCGCUAGCGGGGCGCUGCUCUCCCCCAACUGGGUGCUGACGGCAGCUCACGUGCUGCGCUCGCCACGCCGACAUCCCUCCGUGGUUGCCGUGGCACCCAGUGCUGUGCGGGUUCUGCUGGGACUGCUUGACCUACGACGCCCCCUGCAGGCCUCCAGCCACAGCGUGAGUCGUCUGCUGCUCCACCCACGCUUUGACCCGACCAACUACCGCCACGACAUCGCCCUGCUACGGCUGGCCCAGCCUGCCCCCUACUCCCCGCUGGUGCGGCCCGUAUGCCUACCCCCGCCCUGGACAGAGGGACAGCCGCCACAGCCCCCCCCAAACACCCUGGCAGUGGUGGCCGGGUGGGGAGUCGUGGCCAGCAACGGGACCAUGGAGGAGGCAGGGAUGGGGGCUAAUGUGGGUGGGGUCUCCUCUGUGCUGCGCUAUGUGCGUCUGCCGGUAGUGGAGCAGGCGGAGUGUGAGGCCAGCUACGCAUCACGAUCACGAUCCUACAACAUCAGCAGUGGCAUGUUCUGCGCCGGCUUCUACGAGGGGGGGCGCGACACCUGCCAGGGGGAUAGCGGAGGUGCGCUGGUGACGCAGGACCCCUGGACAGGCCGCUGGGUGGCCCAGGGCCUUGUGUCUUGGGGGGGGCCCGAGGAGUGCGGAUCGAGAAGGGUCUACGGCGUCUACACGCGUGUCGCCAAGUACGCACGCUGGCUGCAUGACAGCAUGGGUGUCGAGUCCUGGUGGUGACUACAUAACUUCUAACGUCCUGACCCCAUGAGCUCCGUGACCCCUGAACUCCUGCCUCCUUUGUGUUCAUGACCUCUUAGCUCUUGGCCCCUGUCAGGGGGUGUUCACUCGCGGAACUAGCUACUAGCCACAAAUGGCUAACCCUAAUCCGAAUAAGUGCAAAAUGAAUGGGUGUCAAUGGGCUUUCUACUAUUAUAAUUUGUGUGAUUUAAAAAAAAAAAAUUGCCCUGAAAUAUUAAUAUUCAGUAUGGAGCUAAAAUAAUGAGUAGCCUUUCGAUUAUUUUGCGCAACUAGAUUAUUAUAUACUGGGACACAAAGCUCAAUAUUUAUGAGGCCAAACCCAUAAACAUUAGCGGGAUGCUAGCGAGUACAGGUCGAAAUCUUCUUUCCUGCUGUAAAACUAGACACCUGAAAGAUUUGAUAAUACAGCCUAUUAUUAAACAUAGUGCUUACCAGGAAUAUUUUGUUGAUGAGAUUUGUGACUGGAAAUUGCAGUAGCAAUGUACUAUAUUUAGCAUAUGGGCUCCCUUUUCCAUUCCAUACUUUUUCCCACAUGAAAGACUUACCGACGCUCGCCAACUAGUGGACACUCAAUCGGAACGGCAGUAUGCAAUCAAAGCUAACUGGCUACAAUGGGAACCAAUCAGACUGAAUCUUCUCCCUAUAUUCUAAUUUCUCUGCCCCUGUACACCUGUGACACCUAUGCUGUGACCUUUUGACUCCCUUGAACAUGGGUGCUGAGAGCUAGUGGUGAUCCCAUGGCUCUUGGAUUUCUGACCCCUGUGCACCUGUAGUGCCCUAAACUGUGACUUUUUGACCUCUAUCAUGUGAAGAGCACGAGCGCUGCUGGUGCCCUUGUGACUUCUGAACUCUUCACCCCUAAGACUCUUGAGCUGCCCCUAUUCCACUGUUAUGACCCCUGUGAGGAGCACUUUAGCACUGUCGAUGAUCCCCUGACAUCUGAACCCUUUACCCCCAAACCUGGGACCACUGUGGCCCCUAAGCCCUGACCCCUUAACCCCUAUCAUAACCCCUGUAAUGGCACAAAUACACCAGACUAGAGAGACACUGCGCAACGUAAGUAAUUGACUUUGUAUGGAGUUGCUGGCGACAGAAGAGACAAAUGUGAUUUGGGUGACAAGAGACGACUUGAGCGACAGUUUGUAGGUGAACUUCAGUGAAUAUCAUGCUAAUUAGCUAUAAUGUGGCCGCUGCAGCCAAUUGGAGUCCGGAAUGCUUGCAUUCUGCUUUUAAUGGGCAUACUAUAUUGCUUCCAUCGCACAUGUCUCUCUUGCUAUGAAAACAUCCCAGCGACUCUUUGUAAAUUAGGUCUCCUCUGGUGUGUUCGCGGGGUAAGACGCCUCUGAUAGUGAUCUCUGGAGCCUGAGAUAAUGGCCACUUCUUACUUUGCUAUGUCACUCAUCACUAUACCAUUGUGUAGUUGUGUAUUGUUAUUGCUGUAAAAUACAGAUCAAGACACAGCCUUUAAGCACACUAUCCACCAACCUCACUAAUAUCACCUUCAUGUUAGCUCUUCAGUACUUGUUAACUAUUCAUCCUCACUGAGAUUAUGUUCUAUGCAGAGGUGGCGGAAGUAAAAGUAGAGGUAAAAAAAAAACUAAACCUGUCAUAUUUUCCUUCCAUCACAAGUAACUUCAUUGAGUAACAGGUCUACAGUUACUAUAGAUGUACCUGAUUCUGUGUAGGUGGGAUCAAAUUUGGGAGGCUUUUCCACAACAACAUUGAGUCAUCUCAUUAGGAACAAUGGAAUAACUGGUCUAUCUGCUAUGCAAUAUUACGCGCUCUUGUACUUACACCUUAACUUCACUUUUAUUUUUACUUUGGUUACCUCUGGUUCUAUGCCAUUAAACAUUCUGUGCAUAAUACCACCUGUGAACAUGACUUUUAUACAAUUAAAAUACACGUUUUAAUCUUC